AUGCCGUUUGAUGACAAGUUGGGAAUGCAAAUUGCCCUUGAGGAGGCCAGGAAAAGUUUAGCAGAGGGCGGUAUUCCCAUCGGAGGGGCCCUCAUUCAUGAGGAUGGAAGAGUGUUGGGUCGGGGCCACAACAUGCGGAUUCAAAAGAACUCAGCUACUUUGCAUGGAGAAAUCUCAACAUUGGAAAAUGCGGGCAGAUUGCCCGGUGCUUUGUACAAGGAUUGUACGAUGUACACCACGUUGUCGCCAUGUCACAUGUGUUCGGGUGCAUGUAUAAUGUAUGGGGUAAAGCGUGUAGUUUUGGGAGAGAAUGUGAACUUUGUUGGCGCCGAGGAGUUGGUCAAGUCCAAGGGCAUCGAGGUAGUCAACUUGGACGACCCUGAGUGUAAGAAGAUCAUGUCUGACUUCAUCAAGGCUCGUCCCGAGGACUGGUUUGAAGAUAUCGGAAAGUGA